AUGUGUCCUUUCCUCCGUUCUAAAGCGGAUGAGGAAGAAAUAGAAGGUGAUGGGUCAAUGGACCUUACGGGCGCUGAGCUGCAAGCUGAUGAACAAGAUUUUGACAUGGACGACGAGGAAGAAGAAAUUGAGGUCUGGACUGAUUCUAAACAAAAGAAAAUAGAUGCUGCACUUCUUACGUUUAUAAUCAGUUCGUUACAAAAUGUUUCAGUAGUAGUAAGCUUACGUGGAUUAUUGGCAACUCACGAAAAUUACGUUAUACCAGAAUGUGAAGAUAUAGUCGAAAGAAUCCUACCCCAUAUGCACAAUGCUUGUUUUAACGAGCUGAAAGCAAGUAUACAAGAAGCAAGUUCAGUUUGUCUUUCUAUUGAACAAUGGAAAAAUAUCGAAAGGGAAAAUAUUAUAUCCAUCACUGCCCACUACGUAAACUCUGAAUUUGAACUAAAAUCUAUUUUACUCAAAUGCUGUGAAUUUUAUUUUUAUGAUGCUGAAGAAAGCAUAACAUUUUUCAAGGAAACGUGUAACGAAUGGGACAUUUUGGGAAAAAUAAAUGGUUGUCUCUAUAACAGAAAUUCAAAAUACUCUGCUAAUAUCAAGGAAGCUUUAAAUUUGUUAGGCUGGGAUGACUAUGUCUGUGCCGCUCACAAAAUAAACGUAAUCCUGAAGAAGUCACUUGAAUUAUUCAAACCAAUUUUGGUAAAAGUCAAGAAAGUAGCCGUACACUUCCUAAAUGACUCCACAAGCAUGUCGAAGCUGAAUUUUUAUCAUCAAACAGACGAGGAUGAACCACAAGAAAUAAUGGAUGCUCUCACCCGUGAGGAUAUAACCUACGAAAUGAUUGAAACAUUUCUAGAACUAGAAGAUACCAUCGCUGCAGUAUUACAUGAAAACGAGUCACUUCUGUUUACUGACGAAGAUUGGAGUAUACUUAAUCAAUUAUUCAGGUUAUAUGAACCUUUAUCAGAAGCAAUUAAACAAUUAGGUGCAGGAAACAAAUAUGUGUGCAGUUCAAUUAUUAUACCUACUAUCAACGUUUUAAGAAAUUCAUUGCAAGCGAUGGAUGACAGCCUAAACUUUGAAGAUGUACAUGAGGAAAUAAAAUGUUUAAUGGAUAUAUUAAAUAAGCAAUUUGAGGAUAUUGAGUCUGACCCCAACUUGGCUAUGUGUACUUUAUUGGACCCUAGGUACAAAAUGUCUAAGUUUAAAGACAGGAAUGCUGCUGACGCGGCCAAAGCAAAUUUGGUGGCUGAGGUAAAAAAUCUUGUGAACCUCAACAGUAUUUCUGAUUCGGGGAAGACAGAAUCUGGCGAAGAUAAUGAAGGAAAUGUAAUUCCAGAAAAAGGUUUAAUCAAUGAUUCAGAAGACAUUUUAGUGGUCGCUCAAACAGAAACAGACCAGUACAUCCAAGCUGAUUUAACCGAUUUAGAGCCAAGCGUAUGGUGGCAAAAUAAUCAGGAAAAAUAUCCCCACAUUGCACAGCUAUUUAAGACUAAAUGCAGUAUUGUGGCUACCUCACUUCUUAGUGAAUAUUUGUUUUCAGAGAAAAAUGGUUUUUUAGUCCAUAAUAGGAAGUUAUUAUCACCGGACAUAGCUAAGUAUCUGGUAUUUUUAAAAGAAAAUGUAAAGGAUGACAGUGAUUAUUUUAAAUUUAUGCCUUAA